GUUUCCUACUACGGUUUGCUGAAGUAGGAGCAAAAAGUUUGACAAGCCCCGCGGAGCGUCGACCGAGCUGCAGGACGCCCAGGAACCAGGAAACACGGCCCCAACGGACCGACGUGUCCAUCCGAACCGAGGGCCCUCAUCUGCCAAGGAGCGAUGGAGUCUGUCGCCCAGAAAAUGUUGACCUCCCGAUUCAGUCUGGAUCUGGGACCCCUGAAAGAGCCGCUGGCGUUCAUCCGUUUGUUAGAAUGGCUGUUUUCCAUAUUUGCCUUCGCUACGACUGGAGGCUACAGCGGCAAAAGCGGCGUCAACAUCCUAUGCCAGGGCACUACCAAUCACGAAGUAUACGCAGACUUUAACUACCCAUUCAGGUUGAUGCAGCAUCCCUAUGAGGUUCCCAGCUGUAUUAUCAAUAAGACGGCCACCAGUCUCUACCUGACAGGAGACUACACGUCCUCGGCACAGUUUUACGUCUGCAUUGGAGUGUUGGCCUUUCUUUACAGCACUGCCACGCUCGUCCUCUACUUGGGCUACCAGCACUUGUAUAGAGAAUCUAGUCGUGGUCCCCUCAUAGACCUGUUGGUGACGGCGUCUUUGGCCUUCCUGUGGUUGGUGUCAUCUUCUGCUUGGGCUAAAGGCUUGUCCGAUGUGAAGCAUGCCACCAGUCCUUUAAACAUGAUAACUCUGUUUGAUGAUUGCAAGGAUGUCCAAAACAAAUGCACACCCGGUGCUUUGCCUCACAUGGGCCGACUUCACGCCUCCGUGAUUUUUGGCUUCCUUAACCUCAUCCUGUGGGGUGGCAACUGCUGGUUCAUUUACAAGGAAACUCCGCUCCACAAAUCAGCCAAUGAGCCUUCAGAUGUGGAAGGGGUUGUCAGGCCAACGUAACUGCACAGCUUCACUAUCGAAUGAAUUGUUUCGGUAAUAAUUGUUCGAAAAAUACAGUAGAACACAAGGUACAUAUUACUAAAACCAACUGCUCCUUUUUCCCCAUUUAUAUUAACAGCUGUUUAAUCUCAAAUACAUUUCAGAAGGCGCUACAUUUUAGUUCACACUGAAAUCAAGACAGGAAGUUGUAGCAGUCAAAAAUGUGUUAUUCUCGUAGAUGUUCAGUUUUCAUGUUUUAACGUGUGUCCAUAUAUACCCAAGUAUCAAUAACAACUGUCCUUAUUAUUUCAAAUGGUACUGCAGAUGUGAACUGAAUGAUGCAUUGUUGUUCAAAAUGCUGAAUCACUUUGUCUCCCUGUUAACUGUCAGUGUCUCUGUACCAUAUUAUUGUUUCCAAACAGCGGUUUCUUACAAAAACUCAGGGUUAUUUGAGUGUCCUCAAAGCACCUAAAGAAUAUAGAAUAGUUGAGGUGCAUUUAUUGUUAACACCAUACAAUUUCUGUCUAAUUCUAAAACUUGAAUUAGGCAUGAUAAAGUGCAGUUGCAAUUGAUGAAUUCUAAAUAGAUAUUCAUUUUGAAAAAAUUCAGUUGCCAGUAUGAGAUUAUUUAUAAAGAGUCCAAGCAAUUUUAUUUAAAAGAAUUUUGUGGUAAGCAAGUGUCAUUUUACCAUUAGGCUACAAUAGGGAAAUUGGCCUAACAGCUGAAUGUUUUGUAGAUUGUGGUGCAUAUAUCAGUGAGAGCAUGUUAGCUUUUUUAUUAUACAUUUAAAACUAUUAAACAUAAUCUAAAAGUUAACUUUUUUUUGCCCGAAAGGAUAUUUUUGUCCGUAACGUUCAUAAUGUUUAAAUUUAAGAAAAAUCCCCAGGGUUCCCCAAGGUCCUACAGUAUUUGAAUAGCACUGUUUUAUGAAUUGUAUAUCCUUAGCCAGUUGUGUACCAUGAGCGGAUUUCAUAUAUUCUUGACUAAUCUCUAACUUCUUAUUAAUGAACUGCCUUCUACCUUCACAUUAUUGAUAUUAUAGGUAGUUUUUCCCUAUUGCUUUCAUUUUUUUUGAUUAUCUUCUUUGAUAUAGCCUUGCUUGUUUCACAGUUCUACCGUGCUCCUUCACUGUGUUUUUUAAAAAUGUCAAAUUAAUGAGACAGAAGAUCCGAUCAAAAUCAAUGAUUCUACUUGUGUGCUCAUUAAAUGGAAGAACUGGA